GAAGUCGCUGCAGUGAACUACGAGGCCGUCUGUCUGUGCCAGUGGAGAUAAGAGCCUUCUGUUUGCACUGUGGAGGUCAGAAAGUCCACUUGGUGUUUGUUCAUGAGGCCAACAGACUGAUCCUGCAGAUACGGCGCUCAAAAGCUGGGUCUGUCUGACCUGGGGACAUUUCUUGGUGGACGAUCAUCAGCUGUGACAGGUGGGAAAUGCCCUUGAUCUCAAGAGAGGCUUAAUCCUGAUCGGCCACUGCACUGAGCGGAGCCCUCACCCUGCUCCUCAUCUCUCGCCUCCGCACAGCCAUGAUGUUCCUCGGCGCUACAUGGACCUACUUCUCUCUAUGCUGCUUCCUCUCCACGCUGAUGCCUCCUGCCACGUCCCAAACGGUGGUGCAGGCUCACGGUUCCGGCUCCCAGGUGAUCACAGCGUCUCAGCGGGAGGCGUCCGACACCUUUCGAGCGGAGAAAGCUGAGUGGACAUUCAACCAUUUGGCUGUGGACUAUCGCAAUGGUAACGUUUACCUGGGGGCUGUCAAUCGUAUCUACAAACUCUCCCCGAGUCUAGAGGUCCAGGUGUCUCAUGAAACUGGUCCUGACGAGGACAACCGCAAGUGCUACCCCCCCAGGAUAGUCCAGCCCUGCAGCGAGCCGCUGACCAUGACCAACAAUGUCAACAAGAUGCUUCUGAUGGACUAUCGGGAGAACAGGCUGCUGGCCUGCGGCAGCCUCUACCAGGGCAUCUGCAAACUCCUCCGCCUGGACGACCUCUUCAAGCUUGGAGAGCCCUUCCACAAGAAGGAGCACUACCUCUCUGGGGUCAACGAGAGCGGCUCCGUGUUUGGGGUCAUUGUUUCCUACGGCAACGCCUCUCCAGACAUGCUUUUUGUAGCCACGGCCGUGGACGGCAAGCCAGAGUACUUUCCCACCAUCUCCAGCCGCAAGUUAGCAAGGAACUCGGAGGAGGACGGCAUGUUUGCGUACGUCUUUCACGACGAGUUUGUGGCCUCCAUGAUUAAAAUCCCGUCCGACACCUUCACUGUCAUCCCAGACUUUGACAUUUACUACAUUUAUGGCUUUGCCAGCGGGAACUUUGUCUACUUCUUGACGCUGCAGCCUGAAAUGGGCGGCGGGCCGACCACCGGGUCGUCCUCGGCGGGUCGGGAACAGGUCUACACCUCAAAGAUCGUCCGCCUCUGCAAGGCAGACACGGCCUUCAACUCCUACGUAGAGGUGCCCAUCGGAUGCAUCAGCGGAAAUGUGGAGUACCGACUCCUGGAGGCGGCGUAUCUCUCCAAAGCUGGCGCUAAUUUGGCCAGGUCGCUGGAUGUAGCGCCCGACGAUGACGUUCUCUUCGCCGUGUUCUCUAAAGGCCAGAAGAGGCGUCCGCGCCAGGCGUCGCAGGACUCGGCACUCUGCGUCUUUUCCCUACGGAAAAUCAACGAGAAGAUCAAGGAGCGGCUGCAGUCCUGCUACAGGGGAGUCGGCACGCUGGACCUGGCCUGGCUCAAAGUCAAAGACAUCCACUGCAGCAGUGCGCUCUUGACCAUCGACGAUGACUUUUGUGGCCUGGACAUGAACGCGCCGCUGGGCGUGUCCAAGAUGGUGCACGGCACGCCACUCUUCACCGACGCCGUGGACAAGAUGAGCUCGGUCAUCGCAUACGUCUACAAGAACCACUCGCUGGUCUUCGUGGGCACCAAAAGUGGACACGUGAAGAAGAUCAGGGUGGACGGCUCCUCGCGCGCUCUGCAGUAUGAGACGGUGCAGGCAGUGGACAGUGGACCCGUCCUCCGAGACAUGGCCUUCUCCCCGGACCACCACUACCUCUACGUCAUGUCCGAGACCCAGCUGUCCCGGGUGCCGGUGGAGGCGUGUGGUCAGUACAAGACGUGCAGCGAAUGCCUGGGCUCAGGAGACCCCCACUGCGGCUGGUGUGUCCUUCACAACCUGUGCUCAAGGAAAGAGAAGUGUGAACGUUCAGGUGAACCGCGACGCUUCUCCGCUGACAUCAGCCAGUGUGUUCACCUGAGUGUGCACCCCAGCAACAUCUCUGUGUCACAGUUCAGUGUCACGCUGGUGUUGGAAGCCCACAACGUUCCGGAACUUUCAGCUGGAGUCAACUGCACCUUCGAGGAUGUGGCUGAGAUAAAUGGCUUGGUGGAGGGAAACCGGAUCACGUGUUCGUCGCCGGCUGAGAAGGAGAUGCCACGCAUCAUAGUGGACAAAGGCGACCACCAGGUGGUGCAGCUGUAUCUCAAGUCCAAGGAGACCGGAUUGGCAUUCGCCAAAACCAGCUUCGUUUUCUACAACUGCAGCGUGCACAAGUCGUGCCUGUCAUGCGUGAGCAGCCCCUACCAGUGCCACUGGUGCAAGUACCGACACGACUGCACCCACGAUCCUCGGACCUGUUCCUUCCAGGAGGGCCGAGUCAAGAUGCCGGAGGAGUGCCCCCAGCUGCUGCCCACAGAGAAGAUCCUGGUGCCAGUCAACGUGGUGAAGCCCAUCACCCUGAGAGCCAAGAACCUUCCUCAGCCACAGUCUGGACAGAGAGGCUACGAGUGUCUGCUGACCAUCCAGGGCAACGAGCACCGAGUGCCCGCGCUGCGCUUCAACAGCUCCUCAGUCCAGUGCCAGAACACGUCGUACUUCUACGAUGGGAUGGAGAUGAGCAGUCUUCCAGUGGAGCUGACCGUCAUCUGGAACGGAGACUUCAGCAUUGACAACCCUGCACAUAACAAAGUCCACCUCUACAAGUGCGACGCCCAGCGAGGGAGCUGCGGCUUGUGUCUGAAGGCCGACCCGCUCUUUGGCUGUGUUUGGUGCAAAGGAGAGAACCGCUGCACCCUCAAGCAGCACUGCAGCCACCAGGAGAGUCAGUGGCUGGAACACAACGGCAUCAACAGCAAGUGCACUCAUCCCCGGAUCACGCAGAUCACUCCACUGCGGGGUCCCCGAGAGGGCGGGACACUGGUGACCAUCCGAGGGGAGAACCUGGGCCUGGAGUUCCGUGAGAUCCAGGGCAACAUUAAAGUGGCGGGGGUGGAGUGCACCGCCAUCCGAGACGGCUACAUCCCGGCGGAACAGAUCGUGUGUGAAAUGGGCCGAGCGGAGAAUAGCCAGUACACCGGGAACGUCCAGGUCUGUGUCGGGGUCGGUGAGUGCAGACCGGACUUCAUGGCCAAGUCUUCCAAGUACUACUACUUUGUGAUCCCAAGAAUUCACAGCCUCAAGCCGAACCGAGGUCCUGUGUCUGGCGGAACCAUCGUCAACAUCAGUGGCAGCCACCUGGACGCUGGGAGCAACGUGUCAGUCAUGUUUAAGGACCAACCCUGCACCUUCCUGAAGAGAGCUGGUGUCUGGCUCACCUGUCGCACCCACGCUUCCAUCAACGGCUACGGAAACGUGUCCGUGUCUGUGAGCAUCGACAAAGCCCAGCUCCAGAAGAACCUCCGCUUCGAGUUUGUGGAGGACCCUUCCAUCGUCAAGAUCGAGCCCGAGUGGAGCAUCUACAGCGGAUACACGCCGGUGACGGUGACGGGGACCAACCUGGACAUCAUCCAAACGCCGUUAAUUCGAGCCAAGUACAACAACCACGAGACGCUAAACCUGUGCCAGGUGCUGAGUGCCACCACCAUGCUGUGCCAGGCCCCGGAGCUGCCCAUCAGCCUGGCCCGGCGACAGCCCUCGCCCAAGAGACCCGACGAGUUUGGCUUCAAACUGGAUGACGUUCAGUCGCUGAUGGCGCUCAACAGCAGCAACUUCAUCUACUACCCCGACCCGGAGUUUGAGCCCCUCAGUGUGUCGGGGGUUCUGGAGAUCAAACCGGGAUCCCCAAUCAUCCUCAAGGGCCGGAACUUCCUGCCCCUCACCAACAGUGGAAACGGGAAGCUGAACUACACGGUGCUGAUCGGAGAGCGGCCCUGCAUGCUGACGGUGUCGGACACCCAGCUGCUGUGCGAGUCGCCCAACCUGACGGGUCGACACAAGGUCCUGGCCCGUGUGGGAGGCAUCGAGUUCUCCCCCGGAGUGGUCCACAUCACGUCUGACAGUCCGCUCAGCAGCACGGCCAUCAUCGGCAUCACGGUGGCCGGCGCGCUGCUCAUCCUGGUCAUCGUGCUGGUCCUGAUCGCCUACAAGCGCAAGUCCCGUGAGAGCGACCUGACGCUGAAGAGGCUGCAGAUGCAGAUGGACAACCUGGAGUCUCGCGUGGCGCUGGAGUGCAAAGAAGCUUUCGCGGAGCUGCAGACCGACAUUCACGAGUUGACCAGUGACUUGGACGGAGCAGGGAUUCCCUUCCUGGAGUACCGGACGUACACCAUGCGGGUCCUGUUCCCGGGCAUGGAGGAGCACCCGGUGCUCAGGGACCUGGAGGUGCCCGGUUAUCGACAGGAGCAGGUGGAGAAGGGCCUCAAGCUCUUCGGCCAGCUCAUCAACAACAAAGUCUUCCUGCUGUGUUUCAUUCGCACCCUGGAGGCCCAGCGGGGCUUUUCCAUGAGGGACCGGGGCAACGUGGCCUCCCUUAUCAUGACGGUGCUGCAGAGCAAGCUGGAGUAUGCCACGGACGUGCUGAAGCACCUGCUGUCGGACCUGAUCGACAGAAACCUGGAGAGUAAAAACCAUCCCAAGCUGCUGCUGCGCAGGACUGAGUCUGUGGCUGAGAAGAUGCUGACCAACUGGUUCACGUUCCUCCUCUACAAAUUCCUGAAGGAGUGUGCCGGCGAACCGCUCUUCUCCCUCUUCUGUGCCAUCAAGCAGCAAAUGGAGAAAGGUCCCAUCGACUCCAUCACCGGAGAGGCGCGCUACUCCCUCAGUGAGGAUAAGCUCAUCAGGCAACAGAUCGACUACAAGACGCUGGUGGUCAACUGUGUCCAUCCGGAGAACGAGAAGAGUCCGGAGAUCCAGGUGAAGGUCCUGAACUGUGACACCAUCAGCCAGGUGAAGGAGAAGAUCCUGGAUGCCAUUUACAAGAACGUUCCGCACUCACAUCGUCUGAAGGCAUCAGACAUGGACCUGGAGUGGCGCCAAGGAAGAGGCCAGCGAAUGAUCCUGAUGGACGAGGACGUCACCACCAAGAUAGAAGCAGACUGGAAAAGACUGAACGUGCUGGCUCACUACCAGGUCCCUGACAACGCAGUCAUGGCCUUGGUCCCUAAACAAGUCACAGCCUACAACUCAGUCAACAACUCCACCGUGUCUCGGACGUCGGCAAGUAAAUACGAGAACAUGAUCAAGUACACCGGGAGCCCGGACAGCCUGCGCUCCCGCACUCCGAUGAUCACGCCCGACCUGGAAAGCGGCGUCAAGGUUUGGCAUCUGGUGAAGAACCACGAGCACGGAGAUCAGAAGGAGGGAGACCGCGGCAGCAAGAUGGUCUCGGAGAUCUACCUGACAAGACUCCUGGCCACAAAGGGCACACUCCAGAAGUUUGUGGACGACCUCUUUGAGACCAUCUUCAGCACAGCGCACAGAGGCAGCGCCCUGCCGCUCGCCAUCAAAUACAUGUUCGACUUCCUGGACGAGCAGGCGGACAAGCACAACAUUCACGAUCCACACGUUCGGCACACAUGGAAGAGCAACUGCCUACCUCUACGAUUCUGGGUGAAUGUGAUCAAGAAUCCCCAGUUUGUCUUUGACAUCCACAAGAGCAGCAUCACUGACGCCUGCCUGUCCGUGGUGGCCCAGACCUUCAUGGACUCCUGCUCCACUUCGGAACACCGCCUGGGAAAGGACUCGCCCUCCAACAAGUUACUCUAUGCCAAGGACAUUCCCAGCUACAAGAGCUGGGUGGAGAGGUACUACUCUGACAUAAGCAAGAUGCAAGUGAUCAGCGACCAGGACAUGAACGCGUAUUUGGCGGAACAAUCACGGAUGCACAUGAACGAGUUCAACACCAUGAGCUCCCUCAGCGAGAUUUACUCCUACGUGGGCAAAUACACAGAGGAGAUCGUGUGUGCGUUGGAGCAGGAGGACGGCGCCAGGAAACAGAGGCUGGCCUUCAAGUUGGAGCAGGUGGUGGCCUUCAUGAGUCUGGAGAGCUGAGAACCACACUUCCCAGUGCAUUCUGGGAAGCAGAGACCCCGUCCCAAACCGUGCCGUGCCUGAGCAACGACCUGUCCCCAUCUUUUUCAUCAUGUGACUUCCUUCAACGCGCCUUUAAAAAAAAAAAAAAAACGACUUCUUCCAUGACCUUGAUCCUGCUUCCUGUUAUUUUCCACACCCACUUUGCUGCAUAUACUGAAUAUCUGAGGGCUGGUUCGCAGCUGAGGUGGGACUCUCCGGACCAGGGUGGGGAGGGUGGGUGUGGCUGGCCAUAUUGGCAACCUCAAGCGCCUCUGUUGCUGAAAAGACUAGAAACAUUUUUGCUUUCAGGAAGAGCAGAUCAUGUAGAGGAGGCGACAUCACAGCAGUCAUCGCUAGCUUUAUCAUGGCUCUGUAUAGGAUGUGAGGAGGGAAAACACCAGACCAUCAGCCCAAUUGCUGCUAGGAUGGUUUCACUAGUUUACGUUGUACUUACAGGCAAACAUACAUAUCUGACCAGUUAGGCAAACUUUGAAUGUUUCCUUUGCUGUAGCUGAAGUUUUAGAAGAAUUGAGGCAAGGAUUAGCGCUUUGCUCAGCGUUUUCUUUCCAGAAACUGACUUUGAAACGUUGCGAUAUUAGCACAUCUCCCAAACACUGAAAAGAAAAGCUCACAAUUUCUGCUUCCAAAUGGGUGUGACUACCACGAAUUAGUCAAACACUGGAGACACAACACGAGAAGCACACAGCUCCAGGCCCGAGUCCUGCAACACACCGCGGCGGUGGCGUGUCUAAGCACACAUGCACACACACACACACACACACACACACGCACACGCACGCACAGAUGCGGUCAGCAGCUGAUCCGGACUGCUCAGGUACCAAUCCUGGAGGAGGUGAGGAGCGGACGCUUCAGCUCCGCGUAGCCAAGGAUGGCUGCUACCCAAAGGGCCUCAGUUCACAUCCACAAAUCAAGACGUCCGUUUGGAGCGUUUGAAAGCACGGUGGACUUCAGUUGGUCAGCCGAAAACCAAAGGAGCUAAAGAUUCUCAAAUGAGUCCAAAAUAUUUUGUAAAGUGCCACCAAGGAACUAAAAAGGACUGUGCAAAAGACAAAAAAAUGUCCAUUGUGAAUGGAAAUUUGAUGAAUUUUCUGACCUCAUUUUGUGGAGGUGAAGUCUCCGGCUCCUUCUCGGUCCCCGGCCGCAGGUUUCACCUCGUUUCUGUCUCCUGACUCGACAGUAUUCUUUUCUGUUUUUGCACAAACGCUGGAGACGGUAGCUGGCUGCAUCCAGCCAAAGCGCUCUUGUGUUUCCCCUGGGUCUGCAGCUGCAGCGGAGAGCCGACGUCACGGCACGACAGACUGAGCGAAGGUAUUUCUGACUUGUUGGAUGUUGCCGCCACAAUGGGAGACUGUGGGCGACCUCCGUACCUUUUUGACCUCUGCCCUUUCUUUUGCCUUGACAACGUGCCCCAUGUGGUGAUGUGAAUGUGUGACGACCGCUUCGGUCCACCUCGGGUCCUUUAUUGGCUUUUUAUGCGCAUGUAAAACAGAAACAAUUUAAUAAACCUAUUUAAAAAAAAAAAUAAGAAAAAUAAGAAACGUUAGCCUUGCAUUGAUAAUGUGGAUGUGUUCUUUUAUCUUUCUUUUGCUCGGAAGAAUGGAAAAGGAAAACGAUGAACUUGGUUUAAGGUGGAAUCUUUAUCCCCUCCCGCCCCGUCCUCAUGUUCAUAGUGCUGUGUGACGUGUUAGAUGCAGACAGACGAAUAUACCCGUGCAUGCCGACUUAUUUGGAUUGAAUGAAACAGAAACUGCCUUGCUCAAAAGACUCUUGUGUCACUCUGCUAGUCCCAGGGAUCAGGUCGCAUCAAGUUCCUGUUUUCCUUUCUUUAGGAAUCCUUGUCAUGCUUUUGCUGCAAUAUGAGUUAUGUUUUCCAUGUGCGCUGUGUCCUGGCACAGAAGUCUUUCACUGUGGUUGCUGCUAAAACAUUUCAUUUUUUUCUUUGAGCAUAUUUAACGUCUGUUUUAUCCCACGUGGCCUGAGUGUCUUUAUCUUAGAUCAGCAGACCCCAGAAGAAACUUUUGCAGACAGAGAAGAAUAACUAAAGGCAAGCGUGGAACUGGUCUGUUUCGCCUCCCUGCGUGUCACCGGAGCGUGAUGAAUGUUUGCGCAUGGAGGGCGAAACUCAUGUCCAAAAAAGAAAAAGAAAGAGAAGAAACCUAGCUCCCCGGCUAAUUGGUCCUCAUGUUUGUCCCCCUCCCCUCCUGGUGUUGCCAAAAAGCACAGAUAAAGCUUCCACCUUCAAACAUCUUGUCGGAAGUGCAAACCUCUUCCUAGCUUAGUGUCGAAGAGACCUGUUCAAACUUUUACAAGACAAUAUUUGAAAGAUAAAGAGUAUCUUAUCCAGAGAUGAAAACAAAACCUGGGGAAUAUAAGGCAAGCUUCUCUAACUUUGUUAUAAUUAAUUGUAUACCUGUGUAUGUAAAUAUUAUGCAUUCCUAUUUUGCAGUCAAGAACAAAAUACUAUUUGUAAUAUAGAAUAAACUUUAUUAUGAAAGCAGACACUGGACAGGUGGCUUCUCUUUUCCCAGGUUGCUUUGACUGCGUUUGAUGUGACCUGGUCCUUUUGAACACCAAGUAACUCCUCAAAGUGUCUUCAUCCUUUUUCAUCUGGCUCCACCGCUAAGUGCCAAACGCUAGGUCCGCGGCCCAAUCUGGGCCUCCUUUCGUGGUCACUACACGCUCAGCUGGCUUUAGAGCCUGGAUUACAGCUGAUGCGUGUAGAUGUUUGGCCCCAUUGAUAUGUCGUUUUCUCAACAGAUAUGCUUAGUUACUUCAUCAUGACAGUGUUAGAAAACAUUUGGCCCCUCAUUUGCUUGACCCUAUCUGGAUCAUCCUACAGAAGAGUGUACACUGUAGGCAUCACACACCUCACUGGUGGUCUUCCUCUCCAACAUGCUUCAUCCACCGCAGACCCUCCUCUCGACUUCCAAACCUAACUUUGUCUCCAAACUCAGAGUUUCUGACUGGACCUUCUGAAACCCUGGCCACCAAUAUGAAAAAACAAAAACAAAAAUCCAGUCUGCAUCUGUCCACACCCGGUCUGUCUGUUCAUUUGUCCAGCAUCAGUUGCCUUCCUGUCACGGCUGUCCAGGGUGUGACCCCCACAGGCUGGCACCCACUCUUUGGCCAAGGUCUGAUGCACACAGCAGAACACACUUCAUAUGGACCAGCAGGCUCCUUCUGUGUCGACUGUUGGGUACCAAAGGCUGUUAUGGCCCAGGAGGUCCUCCAAGUUGGACCCAAAUGCCAUAACUAUCCCUUUCCAUGGGUCUAUGGUUGGGGUCCCUCUUUCACACAUCCCUCUUCCAUUUGUCAUGUCUGCACUUUGUCUGUUCCUUUUUGUAUAUUUCUCUCGUGCUUUUAUUUUGUUACCCCCGGUUUCCUGUUCCUGCUUUAUCUCCAGCUUCACUGGCAACACAGCUGGCGUUAAUCUCCUCAUCAGACUCCUCGUAUAUAAACCUGUGAACGUCAGCCCUGUUUGCCAGAUUGUUGCUUCUCGCUUCGUCAAGGUAAACUCUUUCAAGACUUCCGUGUGUUCGCUUUCCUCCCUGGUCUUUUCUAAAUUCUCCUUGCGCGCUUGAUCUCUAUUUCAGCCGUAUCUUGGUUUGUCCUCAUUCUUCCUCGCUCUGCUUUUGUCUUUGCUCCCAUCCUCCAAUUCAGACCGCGUUGUGAGCUUGUUAUUUAAGGCUCACUUUUAGUUAUAUAGAUUCGUCAGUUUACCCCUCGU